CCCGCCGGGACCCGGGGCCGCGGCCAGGACGCGGCCGACCCCGCCGCCUCCCCCGGCGCCCCUCGGAAACUUCUCCCGCUCCCCCUCCUCCUCCUGCUGCUCCGCCCGCGGCCCCUGGAGCCCGAGCUCAGCCCCGCUCCAGCAGGUUGGCGCCGACAGUGGGAGGCUGAGCCAUGCUGCCUCGAGAUCAGCAAGCAGCGAGCCCAACCCCUUUGUCCCGAGAGCCAUGAACAGCUGCAGGUACAAUGGGGGCGUGGGACAACCCCCAGGUGGUCUCGGUUUCUCUGUCCACGAGCCUGAGGGCCAGCCCUUGCAGGCCCUAGGUGGUGGGGGCACCAGUCGAAGCUCAGGCCUGGAAGUAGUUGUGUCUAAAGGGGAGCAGGUGCGGGUGUCCGCGGCCAGCCUGCAUGACCGAGUGGAAGAGGAGGAGGAGGAGGAGGAAGAAGGAGACCACGCUCCCAGGAGGGGCCUCAGGAAGACCCAGAACGUCGGCUACCGGCUAGGGCACCGUCGAGUGCUCUUUGAGAAGCGGAAGCGGCUCAGCGACUACGCUCUGAUCUUCGGCAUGUUUGGCAUCGUGGUUAUGGUGACGGAGACGGAGCUGUCCUGGGGCGUCUACACCAAGGAAUCUUCAUAUUCAUUCACACUAAAAUGCCUUAUCAGCCUCUCCACUGUCAUCCUGCUGGGUCUCAUCAUCAUGUACCACGCCCGGGAGAUCCAGCUCUUCAUGGUGGACAAUGGGGCUGACGACUGGCGCAUCGCCAUGACCUAUGAGCGGAUCUUCUUCAUCGCGCUGGAGCUGGCCGUGUGCGCGGUGCACCCCGUGCCCGGCCAGUACCUGUUCACAUGGACAGCCCGCCUGGCUUUCACCUACACUACAUCGGUGGCAGACGCGGACGUGGACGUCAUCCUCUCCAUCCCCAUGUUCCUGCGCCUCUACCUCAUCGGCCGCGUCAUGCUCCUCCACAGCAAGCUCUUCACAGACGCUUCGUCCAGAAGCAUCGGGGCCCUCAACAAGAUCCAUUUCGACACCCGCUUUGUCAUGAAGACCCUCAUGACCAUCUGUCCCGGCACAGUACUGCUCGUCUUCAGCAUCUCCUCCUGGAUCAUUGCGGCCUGGACCGUGCGAGUCUGCGAGAGGUACCAUGACAAACAGGAGGUGACCAGCAGCUUCCUGGGGGCCAUGUGGCUGAUCUCCAUCACCUUUCUGUCCAUCGGCUAUGGGGACAUGGUGCCCCACACCUAUUGUGGGAAGGGUGUGUGUCUCCUCACAGGCAUCAUGGGCGCUGGCUGCACAGCCCUGGUGGUGGCAGUGGUGGCCCGGAAGCUGGAGCUCACCAAAGCGGAGAAGCAUGUUCACAACUUCAUGAUGGACACUCAGCUCACCAAGCGGGUCAAAAAUGCUGCCGCCAACGUACUCAGGGAAACGUGGCUCAUUUACAAACACACCAAGCUGGUGAGGAAGCCCGACCAUGCCCGAGUUCGGAAACACCAGCGUAAGUUCCUUCAGGCCAUCCAUCAGCUGAGGAGUGUGAAGAUGGAACAGAGAAAGUUGAGUGACCAGGCUAACACUCUGGUGGACUUGGCUAAGACCCAGAACGUCAUGUAUGACAUGGUGGCUGAACUCCAGGGGCACAGCGAGGACCUGGAGAAGCGGAUCACAGCCCUGGAGACCAAGCUAGACGCUCUGGGGGCCACCCUCCAGGCUCUGCCCGGCCUCAUCACCCAAGCCAUACGCCAGGUGCCGGCCAUGGCUGGGGACUCAGGCGCCGGGACCUCCCCCCGCCGGCGCCUGGCCCCGCUGGCCCCAGACAGUGGGUGAGCCUGCGGUGGCUGGGGCAGGGAGACUUGACUCGGACCUUUUAUGUUUAGCCAUUGUGUGGCUGAUCUCAUUUGCUUUUUCUGUAAAGCCCUGUACAGUUAUCUCUCUUGGAGUUCAAGAUGCUGGAGUGGAGCCCGGCCUACUUCAGCUGGGGCCCUGAGCCCUGGCGGCACCUCCUCUCCUGGUCUGGGUCCCCAGGGCUGAGGGCAGCGGCUCCCCCUCCACAGCUGCCUCUCCGCCUUCCCCUCCAAAACCCCAGUGCUCCCUCUGAGGGGAGGGAGCCUCACAGCAGGGACUCAGCCACUGAUGCUCCUUGGAAAUUGGGGGGGGCCUGCAGAUGCUGAGCCCCCUUCCUCCCCCAAGCCCCAUUCCGCUGGCCAGCUUCUGAUGUCAGGGUCCGAGGGAAAGAGUCUUUGGGUCUUUUGUUUCUUGGGCAGCUGAGAAUUGACUAGAGUCUUCAUAGAGAGUUGGGGAAGGCUUGAGUGAGGAGGACUCUCUUCCCAACCCCUCCUCCCAUCCCAGGGGAGGUGAUGGGGUAAGAGGUUGGCUGCUCGCCCACUUUCAGAUCGGGGGUGUGUGUAAAGGAGCGAAGCCCUCCCUCCCCUUCUCUGAGUCCUGUUCCUGUGGGGUUGCAGUGGGGUGGGACAGGCUUGCUCUGGCUUAUGGUGAAUAUGGAAGUUGGGUGGUAAGGGGAAGGGGGGGUCAGGAAGUAGAUGACAAGAAGAAAAUGGCUGAAAACAGGCCUGAGACCCCAGUGUUCUUAGCCUUCUCCUGGAAGGUCCCUUCCACUUCUUUCCUAACACCUUUCUGACCCAUGGAGGCUGACUUACACAAGGGCCUGGCUACAGAGUUAAAACUGUAUGGGGGUGGGGGUGGGAUGGGGAAGGUUUCACUGCCAUUCGCUCCUUCUUUGGCUCAACAUCUCAGCUGACCCUCCUCUGGCUCACUGGACCUCGUAGGGCCUGAGAGGAAGGAGGCUCAGUGGUGGCCAGCUAGAGGUCCACGAGGGAGGGAAUGAGGCUGGAUUGCCCCCUGUGCCCUCUCCCUCCUCCAGGCCCCUCCCUGAGGGGGCCCCACCUUGACCCCCCCCCCCGACUCAGAGGCCAGGGCCCUAACAGAUCUUCAGCGCCAUCGAACACUGCUUAAUCACCCAUCGUCUGCAAAGGUUCUUAACCUGGGGCCCAUGGGGAGAUUUCAAGGGAUCCAUGAACUUGGGGGGGGGGGAGAAACUGACAUCUUUAUGUUCACUAAUUUUUAACUGAAUUUUAGUAUUCUCUUCAGUUAUUUAAAAACAUGAUUCUGAGGGGCCCCUAGGCUUCAGGCCACUUGAUGCAUCCAUGGCACAAAAAAAGGCUGAGAACCCUUGGAGAAGGGGGGUGAGGGCAGUAGCUAAGCUUAUCCCUGCCCUGGCAGUCCAGAUGAUAACCAACCCAAGAGUGCGGGGAUGAGAGGCAGAGAGAGGAUGGGCUCUGUAGACAUCCCGUGGUCAGGGAGUGCUUCCUGGAGGAGGUGGUUGAUGUGGGCUUUUAAAGAGAGACCAGAGGGCAGGAGGGGACAGAGUGGCUGGAGCCACUCUGGGGGAAUGUUGUUGAGGGCCUUAGAAGGGUUUUGAAUUGUGCUUGGGAGGUAAUAGCUCAGAGGUUCUCAAUCAGCCCAAACUAUGGUUGAGGAAAAUGGAUUUGGCAACAUGGGAGCCACAACACGAGAGUGUGGUGGUCGGCUCUUGGGCCCUGCCCACCCUCAAGUGGCAGGGGAGUCGGGCGUAUUCAGUUCGGUCCAUCUGGUCCCGAGGGGGUUAAUCCUGGGAGCACAGACACCAAGGCCUCGACCACAGAUUAAGCCGAGUGGUUCCAGGAUGGCCCAGAGAACCACCCUCUUCUGGGUGGCCCGUCCUCCUUAGUGUAGAGCAGCAGGUCUCCAACUUUGUGGUCUCAGGACCCUAAAGAGCUUCUGUUUAUCUGGGUUCUAGCUAUCGAUAUUUACUGUAUUAGAAAUUAAAAUGUCUUAGUAUUA